AUUGCCGUACAACACUGCGAACUCCUCCUCGACAGUUCUAAAUUGUUCUGCUCGUGUAACCGGUUGAAGAUGGUCAGACAAGCUAGAAUUGUACCAUGGUCCUCAACAGCCGAGUUUGACCAGGUGAAAUCAUGGUUUUACCCCUCCACCUCUCCGCAAACCUACGACCACGAUCCCCGUCCUCUCGCACUCGCUCGCGUCCGAGCCUGGAGCUUGCGAACACGCUGUCCUCAUGCCGUCGAAUCAACGGCGCACCUAACUUCCACCCUCCUCCUCCCGCCUCAUACACCCUCCCUUACUCUCCGACUCUCGCACAGCAUGGCGCUCAUUCGUUUUGUCAAUGGCUUGUUGGAUCCGGCACAACAGGGACAAUUCGCGGUCCCGAUGCAGAUAUUGGCGAAGAACCUCGGUUUACCGGCGAUGUUUGUGGAGAUCAGACAUGCCGGAACCCACGACACCCUCCCUUCAUUGCCCGUAUUGCGAACGGCUGUUGGGAGAGCAAUGGAGUGGUUAUGGGUCAACUACUGGUCUGUUGCAGAGGGAACCAGAGAUGGAGGUGACGCACGGGCACAAGCCGCCGCAGCCCUCGACACCCGCGCAAAAGACCUCCUCCGACGCUGGCGGAAGCUGAGGCAGGAGGAUCCCAGUAGGCCAUUACGCGUUGGUGACACGACGAAGGAGAAUAAGGAUGCGCUGGGGUUGGUGAGGGAGUGUACAGAAUUCUGUAUGUUGCCCGAGAACCUGGCGGCGUUUGUGAGGGGGUUGAUGCAGUUGAAGGCGUUGGUGCCGUUGGGGAAGAAGAAGACGAUGUUGUUUAAGGAUCAGGUUAAGUUGUGGAUGCCAUUAUUACAGAAGCUGGAUACGGCACUACCAGAGUUCGCGGCGAUGCUUGUUGCGGCGUUGUUGGAUACAAUCACCGCUUUGCCGAAUGGAUCUCUGUACAAGCUUGAUCCAUCGCUGAUCUCGUUGACUGCGGUCGUGCCAGAGAAGGAGGAGACGUUGGCGGAGUCAGUAACUGGAUACGCCGACGUAAUCGUCGUCUGGCUCUCCCACCUCCUCUCCCUAACCUCCGAUUUUGGCCCCUCUUCCACCAGCUCGUCCUCAUCUGCGGACGACUCCCUCGACCCCACCACAAUCGCCCAGAAAUGUCUCCUCCACCCCAACGCCUACACCUCCUCCCUCCUCCGCACCCUCCUAAAAGAACACGAAACACUCAAAGAAGAUAUUGGCGACUUGAUGCCAUUAGUUGAAGCGUUCCUGAAGGUGAAGCCGAACAAUACGAAUAAGAGGCGGGGGAUUGAGGAUGUCGAGAAUGAAGUUGAGAUGUGGAAGAAGAGGGUGAAGGGGUUGGAGGGGGUUGUUACGGAACAGAGAGGGGAGAGGGGAGGGGGUACGGGACGGGCUGGGAGGUGGAGGAGGUGGGAGGGGGAGUGGGUUGCGAAGCCGAUUGGAUGGUGUGGACAGUCUUCGAUCUCUCUAUAAUCCCAGAAUAAUUGAACCUAAGAACAUGUUGACUAAAACUUUCGAUCUUCCCAGGCUCUCUGCACGCCCUGGUAUGCCAUGACGUCCCUUCCCCGCGUUCACCUCGGCCGAACAGUUGCUGCACCAAAACCAACCAAACCACCAAUCUCAAUUGCAUGCUCCGAUCCAUCCGACCAUUUAUCGCAUCUCGUAUACCCUCUCUAACCCGCACAAUGAAGAUCGUCAAUAUUCCCAUGUGGAAGGGCACUGGUGAUAACUACGCUUAUUUGGUGAUUGACGACAAAACGAAGGACGCUGCGAUUGUUGAUCCAGCUGAGCC